AUGGAGGCUAGCAAGGAAGAAGGCGAAAAUCCCCAGCAAGAUUUUGCUUUCAGCAUUGAUCAUUGCUCCGAUAUCACAACCCACACCUUUAACAUCAGAGCUGCAAUGGUCUUAAGACACAGCAUCAAGGAACUGUACGUCAAGCUUAACCUGAUCAUAAAUGGGAAGACCGUCUUAACCUACUCGGAGACACUUUGUGAGCCGGGUCUUUCUAAGCUUAUUUUCUGUGGAAAGAAGAAAGGAGAACAUCUCUACUAUGAGGGACCAGUCACAUUGGGAAUCAAAGAAAUCCCACAGGGAGAUUACACUAUUUCAGCAAAGCUGACUAAUGAAGAUCACGUCACUGUUGCUUGUGCCGAUUUUACUGUGAAAAAUUAUUUAGAGUAUUAUUAGCAACAAACCGAUUUCAUGAAAGCUACAGACUACCAAAGCUAUUCCAGCCAAGUGAGCUGCUUGCAUGCUACAGUGAUUCUAAAGGAAAUAAUCCCCACAUGGUGGUUCUGAUGCUAUUCCUCUUUAUAAUUCACUGUUUUCAAGAAGUCACUAGACCCUCUAGUGGUAAUUUUAUCUCUAAAUGCACACUGUAGCCCACUUUUUGCUUCUAAUAUAUACAGCUGCAAGUAGAAAGUAUCUGAUACCAACAUUUUCAUCUUAGGAUGAAAAUGGCAUGAGGCAGAACCAGCAAGAGGCUAAACAUUUUUUUUUUUUCAGUAAGUUAUGGAGGUAUCCAUUUUUAACACAGACUAAGGAUGACUUUUACAUGUAUCACAUAUUCUGCAAUUACAGCACUCAACAUUUUUAAUCUUCCCUGGGGCCUGUCUGGAGCCUCCACUAGUAUAGAUUUUGUUAUAACCACAGAACAAAGACCAAAUAGGAUGAACACACCUUUUUUCUAGUUAUUCAUGUCCUGUCACUAGAUUCAUAUCACUUGAGUCUUCUGGAGUCUACCUGGAAUAAUUUGCUCUUUAAUGUCUUUUAAGUGGUAUGUGAAUCAUUCUGUACCUAAGCUAUGUGCUUUUCUUGCUUCUCAAUAAAUUC